AUGGAGGCGGCCGCCGCGCCCAGCGACGCCGCCACUCGCCCGUCCAAGACGCCCGCGGCGCCUGAGGACGCUCCCGAGAUCGUAGGCGAGCCCGUGACGCUCGAGGAGCUCGUGGCGCCCACCGCCAGCGGCUUCAAGAGCAAGGAGAGCGCGCAGACGCCCGCGGAGACGGCGGACGAACCUGAAGACGGUGAGAGCGAGCCUGUGGCCGUCGUGGAGACGGAGGCGCAGGUUGAUUCUGUCGAGGAGACGACAGUCGAGGGGCUCACCGACGGCGCGAACGAAACUGCCGGCAGUAACGACGACAGCGAAGAAGAUGUGCUGAUGGAGUUGGCGGCUUUCGACGACGAGGACGACGACGAGUUCCACGAGGCCAUGGAGGACGGCGUGGACCUGCUCCAGGACCCCGCCAAGCCCAGCGUGCCCCCGACCAUGAGCUUCUCCGUGAACGAGAUGGAGGUCAUCACGAACCGCGGCGGACGCGCCGGCAGUUUGUCCAAGUUCCUGGAUGACGCUGACACGUUCCGCCGCCGGUCAUUACCUUCGUAUCCAGACGACCAGCUGUUCUCGGGCUCAAUGAGUCAGAAGAAGAUGACGCUCGCGGCCUUCCUGGACAUGCAGAUCGACCCCGUGCUGGAGAUCCUGGAGGACACGGACUCGGACAUCCGCCUCUGGCUCAUGCAGCCCGAGACGGUGAAGGAGGUGCUCGCGGAGUUUGUGACCCCGCCCGUGCUCAGUGGCGAGCCGCACGAGGAGUACGGCUACUACAAGAAGCACUUCUUGUGCUCCGAGAUCAUCAUGAAGCUCUACACUGGCGAGGAGGAUCUGUACGAGUCUUUUUCGUCCGACUCGAGCUCGGGCUCGACCGCGUCUUCCGCCGUCUUUGGGUGCCAGGAGCCGGAGGACAUUGAAAAGUGGGAGCAGCUCUACUCCAUCUUUAAGAACCCCAUCCCGUUGGACGAGAUGCAGCUUCUGUUCUUCAGCAAGGCGCUUGUGCGGCUGCACGACGGCUUCUGCCUCGAGGAAGGAUACGUCAACAACGUGCUGAAGCGGUUCUUGCCGAUGGUUGUGCCGCACCUGUACUCGAACACCAUCAAGUACAUGCUCACGCUCAUCCUGCAGAGCUACGAGAGUGUGCACCCGAUCACCGGCCGUAACGACGCCAUGGAGAUUGCGGCGCCGCUGCUGGCUGAGGCCACCCGCGUGAACCCGACCAAGCCGGAGAACCUGCCGCUGGUGGAGAACACGACCAACCUGCUUGUGGACAUGCUGCAAGCCAAUCAAGCUGACCGGCUAGGCGCGUUCAGUCGCCGCGAAGGUGGUGUGUACCUGUCCAAGUACUUUGUGCGUGACCAGUUCGGCACGAUCCGAGGCUUCGAGUCGAUGACGCAUGGGUACCACAACUUCCUCCAGUACAUGCUGCUGGAAGAGAUGUCGAAGCAGCCCACAAUCGUGGAGGAGCUGUUCAAGAACGCUGCAGAUGAGCUUGCUAUUAUUCGCGAGAAGAAGCUCUCUGAAGUGUCGAGCGCUCUGAACAUUCACGUGGCGGCUGAGCUCUUGGUUCUGUGUCAAAAACUGCUGAACGAAAGUGCUGAGAGUGACGACGACAACAACCAGACGCCUGAGAUGGAAGCCCAGAACACGCAAAUGUUCGGGUACUCGACUUUUUCGUCGGAGCAGUACCCCAACUCGCCGCACGAAGGUGCCAACGAGACGUCCAUGUACAACCUGACGUCUCUGCCCCGGGGACACGCUCUGUGGACUUUCGUGCUGGAUGUGGCUCGGAAAACGUGCGGCGCCUUCGUGGAGCAGCUCAACAAGGGGCUUCCUUCGUCUGUGGAGAUCUCGCUGGCAAAGUAUUUGAAUAACCUGGUCCUGCUAAACGAUGCCACUAUUGAUGAGGAGCUGCACAAGGCUGGACUCAUCCAGGCCUAUCUCUCCAUCCUCGAGAAACGAUCGUCGUUUGACAUGCUCAUCAUCCACGUUGUCCCUGCGAUCUCAUUCAUCCUGCGCGAUGCUGAUGCGUCCCGAGCAAAGAACUGUCCUCUGACGAAGGACCUGUUCGAUGUCGACAUCAAGGUACCGGAGAAUAUCGUAAGUUUGCUGCUGCGCGCGAAGCUGGACAUCCCGACGCUAGACAUUUACGCUGCCAUCCUCCACGACGUGAUUGAUGAAGUGUUCACCAGCAAGGCGCCGUCCCAAAACAACGCGCAGGUUGUAUUCCACUGCAAGCGUAGUCCUGCGUGGGCAAAGUUGUCGGAGAAGACGCGGUUCAGCAGCGGUUCCGAGAAGUCCGACUCGGCUCGUGGCUCUGACGAGAGGAGAAGCUCGGUGGACGAGCAGGCCACGGCAAGCGAGCGCGGCUCAACAGUGGAGCAAGCUGCUACCGAAGCCGAAUCUACCCCCGCAGCGGAACUUUUAUUAAAGGAAGAGUCUGCGCCUGCGUCGACCGAGCAGCCGGAAGCAGCAUCUGAGCGUCCUUUUCUGGGCAGAAGCAGCUCGGUUAAGGAGAAGGGUGCAUUGACACCCUCAUCUUCUCCCAGUGAACCUGCCAGCAAGCUAGAGUCGGCAGACGACGAACUUGCAACGUCUGAAAAGGAAGUUGGAAAGAAGGACGACGUGAAGGCAACGGCCCCGCCUGCAAUCAACACGAGUGUUGACACGAAGUCAGCGUCUACGGACUCUAAGCAAGCUUCGCCGAAGAAGUCUGCUGAGGAAUCUCCGAAGGAGACGCCGGACACGAGUAGAAACAGCGAAGGGGAUGGCUCGCGCAAGUCGCACUACUUCAAGAACGUGCUUCAGUCGCCUGUGUUCAAGUCGCCGAUGCGCCUGGGCUCCGUUAUUAAGCCCCCGGUUGCUCCGCCCGCACAGGACUCCAACUCACAGUCGAACGGAGAGAACAACCAGCGUAACUCGUUCGGAUGGAACAGCGUGUUCAAGCGUCUGCGGAAGUCCCUGGUUACGACUCAUAACGAGAAGAUAGACAAGAAAGUGCUUGCUCUGAGUAACGAGGCGUACGCCUCGCCGAAUGUGGCUCCCCGCCAGACGGACGUGUUCGUCGUGGAUACUUCCCGUGGCGAGGACAUCACUACCUUCGUAAAGCGCGAUGCUGGCGUGGUAGUCACCGACGUUCCUGCUGCAUCGUCAAAAUCGGCAGAAGCAUCGAUGAACGUGAUAACGGCUGGUUACAUGUACAAGAACAAGUACCCCGAGACCGGCCACCGGAACGUGUGGGAGCGAUAUUACUUCGUUCUCACUCGGUCAGAUGGAUCGCUGAGCUACUACAUUAGCGAAGCGCACGCGAAGGACCGCACUUUUGUCCGCGGUACAUCGCGUCCUCUUACAGUGUCGGAGGGCCUCCCCAUGCACGUGCAAGGCCAAAACUGUGUGUUUGGCUUCCAGAUCAACACGCAGGGUCACGGAUCGUUUAUGGUGUUGGUGGACUCUAUCGACACUCGUCUCACGUGGCUGACGGAGAUCUUGGUGUGUGUGUCGAAUGCUAACCCGUCUCCGCCGCUCCCGAAGCAGCGCCUAUCACUGCUGCCUGAUGAUGCACCGAAGCAGAGGCUGUCAGCGACCUCAAGCUCCGUGGGCUCGCUGAAGUGCAACAAAGAAGAGAUGAAAGAGCUGGUGAUGGAGUUCUACCGCAACCUGUUUGGCCCCAACCUGAAGUUCUCGUCGCCGCUGGACGCGCCGGCGUCUUUCUGGAUGGAGGAGAAGAUCGACCCCGUGUCGGACGGGUGCGUGCUGAGCUCGAACCUGCCUGACUGCGUGCCGUACUGGGGCGAGUUCCACGGCUACAAGCGGCUGUGUGACUACUGGAAGAUGCGUGACGAGACGGUGGAGCGCAGCAGUGGCCGCGUGCUUCGUAUUCUGGUGGACGAGGACGAGGAGACCGCGGUGGUGAUGACGUCUACAACGUUCCGCAUCCUGCGCAACAGCGAGAUCGUGACGGAGGAGUCGUGCGACAUCGUGAGCGUGAGCGGCGGCAGCAUCGUGAGCAUCCACUGCACCUUCGACUCGCACCGCAUCGCCCAAGCCUUCAAAAAGUACGCAUGA